AUGGAGCAAAUGAAAUAUUCCGAUUAUUUAUCCGAUGAAUUUUGGUGUUCAAAAUUAACAUAUUUAGCUGAUAUUUUUGAACACCUGAAUCAAUUAAAUUUAAGCAUGCAAGGUGAAAAUCAAAAUUUGUUAAUAUCUAUAGACAAAAUGGCUGCAUUUAAAAGCCAAUUAUUGAUUUGGAAAAGAAGGGUAAAUGAUAAUAAUUUGGAUAUGUUUCCUUUAACAGCUAAUACUAAAUUUACUGAUAAAAUAAUACCAAUUAUCAAUGACUCAAUAACAUUAUUGGACCAAAAACUUGAUCAUUAUUUUUCAUCGCUGGAUUUGAAAUUAUUUGAUUGGGUGAGGAAGCCAUUUAAUCCUAGUUUAAAAACCUCACAUCUUUCAUUAAAAGAGGAAAAAGAACUUGCAGAGUUAAAAAACGAUCGCACUCUUCAAAUGAAAUUUAAUGAGUUCGAGCUAAGCCAAUUUUGGAUUUACACAAAAAAAAAAUAUCCGAACUUAACAAAAUUGGCUCAUUCCGUAUUAUUAACAUUUUCGACAUCAUAUUUGUGCGAGGUAGCUUUUUUUGCUUUGAAUGAAAUUAAAAACAAAAAAAGGGAAAGAUUAAUUAAUGUCGAAGAGGAGUAA